AUGGUGCAUGAUGUGCUGCUGCAGCACAAUCAAGCACUCGUCGAUCGCCUGGAGAACUGGCUUCUGAACUUGGAUCUACGACUCCAUCAGAUCAGUGAUCAGGUAGACUGGACCAGAAGGCCCCCAGACUCGCCCGCAUUCGAACCACACCUGUCCCGAGUCUUGGAAACGGAGGAGGAGGAGGGGGGUGUGCUCAAAGAGCCUGCAGAUAGCAGUGAAAGUGCAGGAGGGCGAUCCCCAAGAUCCCCUUCCCCUGGUGGAUUGGAUCGUUCAGGCAGCAUGCGCAGUGAACUGGCAGCGGCCCGCAAGAAGGCCUCAGAAGUAGUCGAUGCCUUCCACCUCGAGAAGAGGGAGCAAGAGAUCGUCGAAGAGCCCGAGGAAGCGAAGGGCUGUUGGGCGCACAGCUGCCGGCUCGCAGCUCGGAUCCUCGCCUCUCAGGUCUCGCACGUAUUCUUCGCCUUGGUAGUGGUCUCCAACUCUGUGUACCUGGGGGUACAGCUCGAGUACCAGGCGGUCAACAAGGACUACGGAUCAAACGAGGGGUUCAUGGUGCUACACGUCGUCUAUGCUGUUCUUUUUACAGUGGAGGUUUGCUUGCACCUGAUGGCGGAGGGCAUUCGGGGAUUCGUUUGUGCCGAAGACUGGACGUGGAACUGGCUGGAUGUAUUUGUCGUGACUUCCUCGUGGGUGGAGCUGCUGGUAGACUUGACAAGUUCGGGAGACAGCACGAGCCGGGCCAACAGCAAUCUGCGGCUCAUGCGCCUACUCCGGGUUGGUCGUCUAUUCCGCGUCGUGAGGAUCAUCCGCGUGGUCAAGUUCUUCCGCUCCCUACGAACGCUGGUCCACUCGUUGGUGGGCACCUUGAGAUCUCUGGUUUGGGCAAUGAUCCUCCUCGGGCUGAUCAUCUACAUUUUUGGAAUUCUGCUUACAGACGCCGUGCUUGAUGCAGUGGUCGAGGCCGAAUCCUUACAGAUUCCUCUUCCGGAGAAUGGAAGUGGAGAGAAUGUGGCCCAUUACUUUGGGACCUUGUACCGCUCAAUUGUCACGCUUUUCAGAACCAUCUCCAAUGGCGUGACGUGGCAGAACCCCGACGAUCUGCUUGUUGGCAUGAACUCCCUGGGCGAAUUCUGGGCCCAAAUCUACCGCUUUUACAUCGCAUUCUGUAGUUUUGCGGUACUUAAUGUCAUGACUGGAGUUUUCUGCAAUAGUGCUAUCAAAGCGGCAGAGAGCGAUCACGAGAUGGUCGUCCAAUCGCUGGUCCAGACGCGGCAGGAGCUCAAGGACCAGGUUGCCACAUUGUUCUACCAGAUUGAUGAGCGCGGCCAGGGCCAGAUAACUUUUACAGAUUUCGAGAAGCUCUUCGAGGACGAUGCUGUCAAGGCCUUCUUCGAAUCACUCCAGAUCGGGGCAGUGGAUGCCUGGACACUAUUCCAAAGUUUAGACAUGGACGGGGAUCAUACUAUCAGUGUGGACGAGUUCACGGAGAGAUGUCUGCAGCUGCAUGGGCCUGCUCGCUCAGCCGAUCUGUAUGCCUUGAGGCAAAGCAGUGCGAAGCUUGGCAAGCAGCUCCAGACCAUCGAACGGGCACAGCAGCGGCUGGACAUGCAACUUCAACGUGCAGGCAGCGCUCUAUCAACGAGCGUGGGCGAGACGAGCACAGAGACAGGCGACGAACUGAGUCAGGAUCGCAAGUCUUUCCGCGUCUAA